GUGGCGCUAAAAAGUCAUCGUUGUGAUGUGUGACGUUCUCUUCGAUUCUCUUCCUCUUUUGUAUAAAUCAUCAUGGAAAACCGAUCAAUUUCAAAAAAGCGAAAGUUUGUAGGAGACGGUGUCUUCAGAGCAGAACUGAAUGAGUUUCUGACUCGUGAACUCGCCGAGGAUGGAUACUCUGGUGUGGAAGUACGUGUGACUCCGAAUCGCACAGAAAUUAUUUUAUUGGCUACUCACACACAGAGUGUACUCGGUGAAAAAGGACGUCGAAUCAGAGAAUUAACAUCUGUGGUACAAAAACGUUUCAACUUCAAAGAACCUCAGAAUGUCGAGUUGUAUGCAGAAAAAGUUGCUACAAGAGGCUUGUGCGCCAUUGCACAGGCUGAGUCUCUGCGAUAUAAGCUGAUUGGAGGCCUCGCCGUGCGAAGAGCGUGUUACGGUGUUCUGCGCUUUAUCAUGGAAUCGGGUGCCAAGGGCUGUGAGGUUGUUGUUAGCGGAAAAUUACGUGGUCAGAGAGCGAAGUCGAUGAAGUUCGUUGACGGUCUCAUGAUUCAUUCUGGUGAACCUACAAAUGAAUACGUGAACACUGCUACGCGACACGUGCUUCUUCGACAAGGUGUAUUAGGGAUCAAGGUAAAAAUUAUGUUGCCUUGGGAUCCCAAUGGUAAGAGUGGUCCAAAGAAGCCUCUACCGGAUUACGUAUCAAUCGUAGAACCAAAAGAGGAACAACCACCGUCGGUCCCAAUUUCUGAGGUAAAACCAUCAAAAGACAUACCUCAACAACCUACUCCGCUUCCUGUGUAACAAUCGUUUGAAUAAAAAAGGUAAAUAGAGAAAAGA